GAGAGACCUCCGCAGUCCUAGAGAGGCACACUGUGCGGGCGGCGUUGGGGAAGGCGGAAGAGCCAUUUCUUUGUCUGCCCCUUGCCGAGAAAGAUCCAGGUGGGGAGCCGCGUCGGGUUGAAGCAGUAGAACAAAGCAGGAGUCAAGUGCAUCUUUCAGACCAACAAAGUUUUAUUCGGAACGCAGGAGUGGAAAGACACCCUUGAGGCCUCCUCCACCAUCUCCUCUGUGUGCUGAAGGGAAAAGAGCCGCCAUGCAGCCAGCUCAGGCGGGGGUGUCCUUUGAAGAGGUGGCCGUGAUCUUCACCCUGGAGGAGUGGAGCCUGCUGCGCCCAGCCCAGAGAGCUCUGUACAAGGAAGUCAUGCUGGAGAAUUAUGGGAACGUGGCCUCUCUGGGUCCGCCGAUCGCCAAACCUGACCUCAUAUCCUGGCUGGAAGAAGACAAAGAGCCGUUUCUCCUGGGCUGUGAUGGAUUGGCAGCAGGAGACGUAUGGCAGACAGCAAAUGAAGCAGAAGAACACCUACUGAUGGCAAAAGAGGAUACGUAUUCAGAUGUGAAAGAGAAGUUUGACUAUCUGGAUGCACCAAGGAAGGAGGAGAGAAAACACCCACCCAAAGGGAGGAAUAAUUCCAGUCUUUUAGAGAGGGAUGAGUCUCUACAGCAAAAGAGAUGUCAACUAGAAAGCAGGAAUGAGUGCACUGCAAGAGGAGAAAAUUUCACUGAAAUAUCAGUCAUUCCUGUUCAAGAAAGGAUGUGCAACAGAAAGAAAACCUUUAGCCAGAGUGCAGCCCUUACUUCCCAUCAAAGAAUUCAGAGAGGAGAAAAAUCAUAUAAAUGCCUCAUAUGUGGGGAAAGCUUCAGUCAGAAUUGCAGUCUUAUUUCUCACCAAAGAAUUCACACAGGGGAGAAACCAUAUAAAUGCCUAGUGUGCGGGAAAAGCUUCCGUCACAGUUCAAACCUUAGUGUCCAUCAAAGAAUUCACACCGGGGAGAAACCAUAUAAAUGCCUGGAGUGUGGGAAAAGCUUCAAUGACAGAUCCGCUCUUGCUACCCACAAAAGAAUUCACACCGGGGAGAAACCAUAUAAAUGCCUGGAGUGUGGGAAAAGCUUCAUUUCCAGUUCAAACCUUACUACCCAUCAGAAAAUUCACACAGGAGAGAAACAAUACAAAUGUGAGGCGUGUGGGAAAAGCUUUAGUCUGAGUUUCAGUCUUCGUUCCCACCAAAGAAUUCACACAGGGGAGAAACCAUAUACAUGCCUGGUGUGUGGGAAAAGCUUCAGUCAGAGUUCACACCUUAGUAUCCAUCGGAAAAUUCACACAGGAGAUAAACAAUACAAAUGUAAGGAGUGUGGGAAAAGCUUCCGUCGAAGCGGCAGUCUUAGUUCCCACCAAAGAAUUCACACAGGGGAGAAACCAUAUAAAUGCCUGAUGUGUGGGAAAAGCUUCAGUCAGAAUUCACACCUCAGUGUCCAUUCUAGAAUUCACACAGGGGAGAAACCAUAUAAAUGCCUGGUGUGUGGGAAAAGCUUCAUUGAGAGUUCCAAACUUGCUUCCCACCAAAGAAUUCACACAGGUGAGAAACCGUAUACAUGCCUGGAGUGUGGGAAAAGCUUCAGUUACAGUUCUGGUCUUGCUUCCCAUCAAAGAAUUCACACAGGAGAGAAACCAUACAAAUGUAAGGAGUGUGGGAAAAGCUUCACUGACAGUUCCACUCUUACUUCCCAUAGACUAAUUCACACAGGAGAGAAACCAUAUAAAUGCCUGGAGUGUGGGAAAAGCUUCAGGCAGAACACAAAACUGACUGCACACCAAAGCAUGCAUACAGGGGAGAAACCAUAUAAAUGCUUGGAGUGUGGGAAAAGUUUUAGACAGAACUCAGGCCUGACUUCCCACCAAAGGAUGCACACAGGGGAGAAACCAUAUAAAUGCCUGGAGUGUGGGAAAAGCUUUAGUCACAGUGCCACUCUUUCUUCCCAUCAAAGAAUUCAUACAGGGGAGAAACCAUAUAAAUGUAUGGAGUGUGGGAAAAGCUUCAGGCAGAACGCAAAACUGACUUCACACCAAAGUAUGCAUACAGGGGAGAAACCAUAUAAAUGCCUGGAGUGUGGGAAAAGUUUCAGGCAGAACUCAGGCCUGAUUUCCCACCAAAGGAUGCACACAGGGAAGAAACCAUAUAAAUGCCCGGAAUGUGGGAAAAGCUUUAGUCAUCGUGCCACUCUUUCUUCCCAUCAAAGAAUUCACACAGGGGAGAAACCAUAUAAAUGCCUGGAGUGUGGGAAAAGCUUCAGGCAGAGUGGACAGCGUACUUCCCACCAAAUGCAAGUGCACGUGAGAGGAAAUAUAGCAUAUUCAUAAUUUUAUGAAUAAUUAUGCAUUGUGUAUUUUCAUAAUUUCUAUAAAGUUCAAUUCUUGAUCAGGAAAAGUACUAAAAGAUCAAAGCUGCCUUGACAGUUGAUUAGUGCUGAAGGAACAGGAGGUUUAUUUCUUGUGAAUUACAAUCAACAGCUGACUGAUUUCUUUUAAAGUUGUUUUAAAAAUUUAAUGGCAGUUACCAAGACGCAUUGUAUUCCGUUAUUCAUUUGCACAAUCACUUUCACGACCAAGUGUUUCUGUUUGGAGGACAAUUGCAUGUUCAAGUUCAAAAGUUUUAUUUUUUUCCUCUGUCUUCUCUAUCAAAAGUGUCACAUUAAGGGUCUAAUCAGGCUUUCUACUGGUGGCUUCCAGUUGGAAAAGACCUUCUAUUGGGUGAGCAUAUCCCAUGGGCCGGGCUUCCCACUGUACCUCACUUUCUGCCUAUCAACUUCAAAACUGACUUGCCAAAAUCUUAAGGAAUUGUAAUGCUUAUCUAUUUCGCUAAGUUUGAGAAAUGUUAGUUGAUCCAAUUUUUAUUGUGUGCCCUUUUUCUGUCCUUGUGUGAUUUAGCUUUCACCUGUUCAUCGAAAUGGUGCCAGUAAAGAGGAUGUUUUAUUUUAAAUAAAACCAUGAUCUCUAAGAA